ACGCCGGACUGGGGGCGGCCGCACGGACCGCGGAGCACAGCAGCCGGGCGCGGAGCGCCGGACCGGGACGCGGGUCGGACGGGGUCGCGGGGCACCCAGAACGCAGGCUGUCUGUCCCCAGCUCCCAGAGGACCCCUGUCCCACCAUGACUGGACCGCUGAAGAGGAAAUUUGACCAGCUGGAAGAGGACUCUUCUUCAUUCUCCUCCUCUACCUCCUCUGGCUGGCUGUCUCGCUCCUGCUCUCCAACCUCUUCUGUUUCCCCUGCCUGGGACUCAGAGGAGGGCAGCCCAUGGGGUCAGACACCCCUGUCUGACCGGGACCUCUGUAGCUCAGGAAGUUUCACCCCACUGUCCAUUCUGAAGCGGGCUCCUCGAGAGCGCCCCGGCCGCGUAGCCUUUGAUGGCAUCACCGUCUUCUACUUCCCGAGGUGCCAGGGCUUUACCAGCGUGCCCAGCCGAGGAGGCUGUACUCUGGGCAUGGCUCCUCGCCACAGUGCCUGCCGCCGCUUCUCCUUGGCUGAGUUUACCCAGGAGCAAGCCCGAGAACGUCGAGAGAAGCUCCGUCAGCGCUUGAAGGAGGAGAAGCUGGAGGCAUUACACAGGAAGCUUUCUGCCACUGGGCUCCCAGAGAUGAAGGCUGGCCAGCCCCUCACAGUGGAUGCCAUGGAUGAUGCUUCUGUGGAAGAGGACUUGGCUGCUGCCGUGGCAAGUGGCCGGCUAGAGGAGGACAACUUCCUUCAGCCUUACUUACCGCGGCAGCGGCGGGCUCUGCUGCGGGCUUCGGGUGUGCGAAGGAUUGAUCGUGAGGAGAAGAGGGAACUACAGGCACUGCGGCAGUCCCGCGAGGACUGUGGUUGUCACUGUGACAGGGUCUGUGACCCUGAGACCUGCAGCUGCAGCCUGGCAGGCAUCAAGUGCCAGAUGGACCAUACUGCUUUCCCCUGUGGCUGCUGCAAGGAGGGCUGUGAGAACCCCAAGGGCCGUGUGGAGUUUAACCAGGCACGAGUGCAGACUCACUUCAUCCAUACGCUUACCCGCCUGCAGCUGGAGCAGGGUGUGGAGAGCCCCAGGAAGCUGGAGCCCCCUGCUCAGGGCAGCCCACCCAGCCCUGGUGAGCAGGCCCUGGCCUCCACGUUCCCACUGGCCAAGCCUCCUGUGAGUAGUGAGCUGGGAGACAACAGCUGCAGCAGCGACAUGACUGAUUCUUCCACUGCGUCUUCAUUGUCGGGCACCAGUGAGGUCCCAGAUCGUCCCAUCCACUCAGGCCUGCCUGGCCCUGGCUUCCAACCUGGCAUGGAUGAUGACAGCUUGGCACAGAUCCUGAGCUUCAGUGACUCUGACCUCGGUGGGGAGGAGGAAGAGGAUGAAGUGGGUGUGGGGAACCUGGACAACCUCAGCUGCUUCCACCCAGCUGACAUCUUUGGUACUGGAGAUCCUGUUGGGCUGGCCAGCUGGACCCACAGUUACUCUGGCUCUAACCUUGUGUCUGGCAUACUGGAUGAAAAUGCCAACCUCGAUGCCAGCUGCUUCUUAAAUGGUGGCCUUAAAGGCUUCAGAGAAGGUAGCCUCCCUGGCACCUCAGUGCCACCCAGUGUGGAUGCUGGCCAGAACAGUUCAGUGGACCUCAGCUUGUCUUCCUGUGACUCUUUCGAGCUGCUCCAGGCUUUGCCGGAUUAUAGUCUGGGGCCUCACUACACCUCCAAGAAAGUGGCUGGCAGCCCAGACAGCCUCGAGGCCCCACACUUCCCUGCGCCUGGCCUUUCCCCACCUGCAGAUGCCAGCACGUGCUUCCUGGAGUCCCUCAUGGGCUUGUCCGAGCCAGCUGCAGAGGUUCUGGCUCCUUUUAUUGACAGCCAGUUUGAGGACGCUGCCCCAGCAUCUCUGGAGCCUGUGCUGGUGUGAGGACUAGGGUGCCUUUUCCCUACCCCAGGAGCCCCAGUGCUGCUUUUCUGUGAUUUGGGAGCUCCCCAAGGUCUGCAUGUGUCAGUCUCCCACUGGCUGGCCCAGCUGCAGGCACUCUUGGUUUCAUACAACACUGAAUUUAUUUAUUUUUGUUGACUUCUGUGCUGAAGGGGGUGGGGAGGAGCUUCACCAUUCAGCCACCUGGCCCCUCAAUGCUCUUCUACCUUUGCAGGUGUUCUGGGAAAGAAGACAGAGCACUUCUGGAGCUGGGCAGACCUCUCUGGGUCUCUGUGAUGUUCCUUGCCCAGAGAUGGCAAGACAGGGGUAAAGCCAGCCACCUGUGGUUUCUCCUUUGCUCUGAGCCCCAGACCCAUGGGUAGCUGACCCUCUGGACUGUGAAGACUAAUUUAUUUCCAUAAUUUAUUGAGAGUCUGAGGUGGCUCUGGCUGGUGGGCAGUGCUGGUGUGAGUUCCCUUUUGUCCUGCACCCUGCCCUGCCUUGCCCUUCUCUGCCUAGCUUUGAUGUGGACCAGAGGUGGAUCUGCGUCCUAUGGUGUCUUCUGUCAGCUGCCUGGCUCCUGGAUGGCUGAGCAGG